AACCACGAGGAUAUGCACGUCUCUUACCCCGCCAUCAUCCACAUCCAAGAAGAUACAUGCCCUAUCGUCGACCUUGACAAAGAAAGAUAAGCCAUACAGAAAGCAGGCUUGGCCGUUACUUGGCUUGCAAGGCUGGUUCUUGCUUGAUGGUGGUCGAGAUAUCGGCCAAAAGAGGACAGUAUCUCGACCCCGAUAAUGCUCCGAUCAGAGAACUAAACCCAAAUUGGUGUAUCUUCCCGACCACACAUGGGCUUACCUGAAUCUCGUCUACCGAUAAGCACAUAUGAGACCACACAUGAGCGUUGUAGUAGCAGGACGGGGAGGAGGGGUAGGAAGAUAUACAAAGAUAAUGGAAUCGGGGAGAUCAACGACAUCACCCAACUAGGUUAUAAACCUGAGAUGGCCAGGAACAGAUCUAUGCUUACACUUUUAUUUCAAUCCCUCGCCAUUGCUGCUAUCCCAUAUGGAGAAGGUGGUCCACUCAUGAGUGCCAUCUACGGCGGUGGUCAGCUAUCGAUCUUCGUCGGUUGGAUCGUCGUGUGUAUACUUGAUGAAUGCAUUGCGCUCUCCCUCGGCGAGCUGGCCUCUCGUUACCCAACAUCUGCCGGCCCGUACUACUGGACGUUCCAAUUGUCCUCCCCGAAAACUCGCACUGUACUCUCCUUCAUCAAUGCAUGGACGUGGCUGAUAGGAAACUGGACCAUAACACUAUCUGUCAAUUUCGGCUUUGCUUCUCUCAUCGCUGGAGCGGUAGGGAUGUAUCAUCCUGAUUACGCCAUGACGAAUUGGGAACUACUGCUCAUCUUCUACGGCCUCUGCAUUGCCACUUUGAUCAUAUGUGCUCUGGGAAACAGGUUCCUACCCAUGGUGGAUACAAUUUGUGCCGCGGUUACCGCAAUCAGUAUUCUCAUCAUUCUGAUCGCUUUGUCUGCGAAAGCUGAUGUCGGUCGUCAUUCUGCUUCUUAUGCACUAUCCCACUACGACAAAUCAUUCGCUGGCUAUGGGAACUUCACCUUCUUUAUCGGUCUACUGCCAGCAGCCUACUGCUUCUCUGCUUUGGGAAUGAUCUCCUCCAUGGCUGAAGAAUGCGAGAACCCUUCCGUCAGAGUGCCUAGAGCAAUUGCUUUAUGUGUACCUGUGGGCGGUAUUGCUGGUCUCUUCUUCAUUAUUCCUAUCUGUGUCCUCCUUCCUGAUCUAGCAGAGAUCGUGGAUGCACCUGCUGCUCAAGCUCUUCCAUUCAUCUUCCACAAGGUUAUGGGGACACCGGGCGGUGGAUUGGGGCUGACAUUCCUAGUGUUGCUGAUCACACUGUUCUGCAGUAUCAGUAUCACCACCGCGGCUUCACGAUGCACAUGGGCCGUAUCUCGGGACGCCGCGGUCCCUUUCGCUGGCACGUUCGCCAAAGUCAACGACAAAUUGGGUGUUCCGCUCAACGCUAUCUUCUUGGUCACAUUGAUCCAAAUGCUUCUUGGUUUGAUCAACCUGGGCUCUUCAUCAGCUUUCACAGCCUUCGUCUCUGUUGGCGUCAUCGCAUUGGCAGUUUCUUACGCUAUCCCUAUCAUCAUGUCUCUACUCUCUUGGCGCAAGGAGGUCAACACUGCGAAUUGGACCCUUGGCAAUGGCAUCGGAUAUGGUGUCAAUGUUAUUGCAGUAGCAUGGAUUGGAUUCGAGUUGAUCCUGUUUUCUAUGCCUGGCGCGUUGCCCGUGACGGAAGUCAGCAUGAACUACGCCUCUGUUGUGCUCGUUGGCUUCCUGGCUCUUGCAGGACUCUUUUAUGCUCUGUAUGCGAGAAAGAUUUACAAGGGACCACCCGAGAGUGAUGCAGUCGAGUGAUUGACACAGGUGUUGUGUUAGUGUAAGAUUUCUGUAGAUGUAGAUAGUAUACAUGAUAUUGUAACGAUGCAUCAUCGAUUUCUAUUCGCAGUCGAAAGACCUAAUAACUAGCACAGUUGGGGAUUGACUAAUCACGAUCUCUUGUUCUACACAAGAAAUCCCUGUCCCGUCAGAUCAACAAGCGCUUCGCGAACGAAGAGCGAUCUGACGAAGAACACGCACCGAGGCCGCGUUUCUGGUGCUCGCAGCACGGUCCAGUCAAGUAUCC